UCCCUCGGACCCAGCGGAUCACCGAUCAAUGGAAAGAGCCAAAGAUGUCGGCUCGGUCAUGUGAUCAGCUAUGUCCAAUCGCAGCUGAUCACAUGGGACAUGUACACAGAUCAUCAGAGCACUGAUGAUCAGUGUACCCUGAUGAUCUGUGUAGCCCCAGCAGUGCCACCUGUCAGUGUUCAUCAGUGCCAGCUGGCAGUGCUCAUCCAUGCCACCUACCAGUGCCCAUCAGUGCCACAUAUCAGUGCCUACCAGUGCACAUCAAUGCCACAUAUCAGUGCCCAUCUGAGCUGCCUUUUAGUGUCACCCAUCAGUGCUGCCAAUCAGUGCCACCUAUCAGUGCCAGACAGUGCCACCUAUCAGUGCCAGUCAGUGCCGCCUAUCAGUGUGCAUCAGUGCCGCCUGUCAGUACCCAUCAGUGCUGCAUAUCAGUGCCGUCUAACAGUGCCAGUCAGUGCCACCUAACAGUGCCAGUCAGUGCCGCCUAUCAGUGAAACCAAUCGGCGCCAUAUAUGAGUGCUGCCUUUCAGUGCCCAUCAGUGAUGCCUGUCAAUGCCCAUCAGUGCCACCUACCAGUUCCCAGCAGUGCCACCUAUCAGUGUUUAUCAGUGCAG